AUGGUCUUCACACCUCCGAAAUGGGUAUCGCCCCUCCCGAAUCCGCCAGAUAACAUCCCACUUUCUGAGUUCAUGCUCAAUGAAAAGUAUGGCCGCCAUCCGUUGGAAGACUCGUAUGACCCCUUCGUUUGCGCUCUUAGCGGAAAGUCUUACUCCACCGUGGAAGUUGCAAAACGCGUUGAUGUCCUCGCACGGUCUUUGUGCAAGGAACUAGGCUGGCAUCCAAAUGAGGGGUCAGAAUUCAGCCGCGUAGCCUGUAUCUACAGCGUGAACACGAUCGACUACUUGACUCUUUGUUGGGCCAUCCAUCAUUGUUCCGGUGUUGUCUCUGCGGCGAGCGCGAGCUAUACCGCUCCUGAACUCACGCAUCAACUGAAGGAUAGCGGAUCCAAAUCCAUUUUCGCAUGCGCUGUAAAUCUUCAAAUUGCCCUAGAAGCUGCAGCCACUGCUGGCAUACCAAGAAGCCGCAUUUAUCUUUUUGAUCUACCGCCUCAACUUCCAUGUGGCGGGAAAGCACCGGAUGGUUUUAAAACGGUGGAACAGCUCAUUAUAGAAGGUUCCUCGUUACCGCAGCUGGAGAAGCUUAAUUGGCAGCCAGGACAAGCCGCAAAACAAGCCGCGUUCCUUUGCUACUCCUCGGGAACCUCCGGGCCGCCGAAAGGGGUGAUGGUCACUCAUAGGAAUGUGAUCGCCCAUGUAUUGCAAAUGAAGGAGUUUGAGGCGAGGGUUCGCAACAGCUUGAAAGCCCCUGGGUCCCGAUCGGACUACAAAGAUGUGGUUCUAGGCCUACUGCCCCAAAGUCAUGUGUAUUCGUUGGCGGUUCCUCCGAUCAUUAUCCUCAUGUUGCAAAAUAAGGUGCAAUGUGACAAGCGUGACCUCAAUUGUGUUUCUUCCAUUUGCACCGGAGCUGCGCCACUCGGUGCUGAAACCAUAGCAGAUGUUAAACAAUGGAGGCCUUCCUGGGUGGUUCGACAGGGCUAUGCCAUCAGCAACAGCGAUGAUAUUUUCCCUGGUUCUUGUGGAACCUUACUUCCAGACGUUGAAGUACGCCUCGUAUCUCCCGAUGGCGAGGAGGUAACCGGCUACGACCAGCCCGGCGAACUCGUCGUCCGUUCUCCAUCUGUCACGCUUGGAUACCUGAACAAUGAGAAGGCGACCAAAGAAACAUUCCGAGACGGCUGGAUAUAUACGGGCGAUGUAGGCCUUUUUCGCGUCUCACCCCUUGGUAAUGAGCACGUGUUUAUCGUCGACCGGGUAAAGGAACUUAUUAAAGUGAAGGGUUAUCAAGUCGCCCCAGCUGAGAUGGAAUCGCAUCUCCUCUCACACCCCGCUGUUGCCGAUUGCUGUGUGAUAUCCGUCCCGGACCGCGUCGCGGGAGAGCUGCCAAAGGCAUUCGUCGUAAAAUCUCCCUCCGCAGGUAACGAUGAUGCGGCUAUCAUAAAGUCAAUUCAAAAGUAUGUGGAGGAUCACAAAGCGCGUUACAAGUGGUUGAAGGGAGGUGUGGAAUUUAUUGAGGCCAUACCUAAAAGCCCUAGUGGGAAGAUCAUGAGGCGGGUAUUGAGGGACAGGGAGAAGGAGUCGAGAAGGAAAGCUGGAUUGAAAUUGUAA